CGAUUUCAAUCUUCGAGAUAAAACCACAAAAAGAUUUCAUCGAAGGUUUAAAAAAAAUAUAAACUCAAAACAAAAAAUCGAAUCUUAUCCACGAGAAAGCAAGAAACUUCUUAUUUUUAAUUUCAAAAAUGAGGGCGGAAUUGAAUUUGCCGGCGGGAUUCCGAUUUCAUCCGACGGAUGAAGAGCUCGUUAAGUUCUAUCUUUGCCGGAGAUGUGCAUCGGAACCGAUUAGCGUACCGGUUAUCGCAGAGAUUGAUCUGUACAAAUUCAAUCCAUGGGAGCUUCCAGAAAUGGCGUUGUACGGUGAGAAAGAGUGGUACUUCUUCUCACAUAGAGACCGGAAAUACCCAAACGGUUCGAGACCAAACCGGGCAGCUGGAACAGGUUACUGGAAAGCUACCGGAGCUGAUAAACCGAUCGGUAAACCGAAGACUUUGGGGAUUAAGAAAGCACUCGUCUUCUACGCAGGCAAAGCUCCCAAAGGAAUCAAAACUAAUUGGAUUAUGCACGAGUAUCGUCUCGCUAAUGUUGAUCGAUCUGCUUCUUCUACCAACAAGAAGAACAACUUGCGACUUGAUGAUUGGGUUUUAUGUCGGAUUUACAAUAAGAAGGGAACAAUGGAGAAGUAUCUUCCGGCGGAUGAGAAACCGACGCCGAUGAUAACCACGUCUGACUCGAGGUGCUCAAGUCACGUGAUAUCACCGGAUGUCACGUGUUCCGAUCACUGGGAAGUUCAGAGCGAGCCCAAGUGGCUUGAUCUCGAAGAUGCGUUAGAGGCCUUUGAUGAUAAGUCCAUGUUUGGCGGUGGUUCCAUCGAGCUGUUACAGAAUGACGCUUUUGUCCCUCAGUUUCCGUACCACUCCGAUUUCGCCACUCCGUUUCAGGACGCGCCGGAGCAGAAACCGUUCUUAAAUUGGAUGAGCUUUGCUCCUCAGGGCUGAUCUCUGAAAAUGGCGUCAAAAGAUUGAAGCUUUUCAGAGUAUUCGACCACCACACCGUGUCGGAUCCUGACCCGGAAUAACCAAAUCGGGUCAUGCAAUUACGGAAUCGGGUUCUUCAGAUUUCCAUAGUUGGAUUUCAUAGAGACUAACCAACUUAACAGAUUCUGGGUAAUUGGGGGGUUUUCCACUGGUGAAUCACACUCGGCAAGCAUGUUUCGACUUUUUUUUUUUUUUUUGUAAUUCUGUAUUUUGUUCAACUGUUUAAAGUCUAAAGUCUAAACUCUCAAGAUAUCACAAAGUAGAUACAGAGGAACUGUAAAAGUAAUUGUAACCAUUAUGAAUCAUAUAUAUAUUCAUCAUAUUCAAUGAA